CAUAAUCACAUCUUCCUGGACAUGGCUGAUGCCUCCGAUGGUAAUGCUUUGAUUGAACUUGAGCGCAUACUGGACAAUAUUCCGGAUGCACUGCCAAAGAUGAAGCAAUUGGAUUAUCUGGAGAAGGAGCUGCGCUUCUACACUUCACAACUUCGAGACUCGAUUCGAGGCCUGAAACGAGACAUGACCUACACCAUAACCCAUUUUUGUGGCAAUACCAAGAAGCGUUGUCAUGAAACCAUGAUAGAACAUAGCGUUCUGUACAUUGACACAUCAACUUGCCUGCACUUGGACGAGGUGCCAAAUACCACGGUCUAUGUGGAAGCCAUGGAGAUGAUCAUUAAGAAGCGAUACAAUCUAAUACCGAAGAGGGCCUUGGUUCGAUUUAAUACGAUCCGCGACAAGAUCGAGGAGCAGAUGAAACACGUGGGUCCGCCGCUCAAACGAAACAUUGCCACUGGGCAUGCAACCUUCGACGAUCACGCUUUAAGUAUACGCAACAUGAUCGAUGCAAUGAUCAGUGAUAUACACUUGAACACCCUGCGAUCAGCGAAGACAUUCGACGAUGUCUACGAAAAGUUUGGUGCAGAUCGCAGGACCAUCAAUAUCAUAUGCCUCACACUAAUCUUUAUAAUAAUUGUUAUCCUGUUAACUGCCUUGGUAUGCGGCGUCGGUGGAUAUAGUCGGACUCAUCCUGGACCAAGUGGAUUUUGCAGCAAGGGCAUGGCCGCCUCAUGCCUGCUUAUAGCCAUCAUCCUGAUGUUUUGUGUAUUCUCGUUCAUUGCGAUGGUCGGACUGUUUUACUUCAUGAUUGGACUGGUUACAUACGAGGGCGCCUGUGCACCGACCACACAAGCGGAGAAGAAUGAACUUUUCCGGCAACUGGAUGCCGUCAUCGAUAUGAAUCGUUACCUGAAGCCAGAGACUGAGGGCGACAGGUUUGUGAUGCCGCCGCUGCACAUGUCGGAGGCAGUCAGGUCCUGCCAUGCCAAUGAGUCCAUAUUCCAGCUGCUGCGUGCAAAUAAUAUCUAUGAUGUCAACGACUUGGCGAACGUUAAGUUGCUGCCGGAUGAAGCGGAGAGUGUGCCAAUCUUCACCGAGGACUUGUCAAAUCUGGACAUUUUGACGAAAGAAGAGAAGAUCCAAAUCAAUGAGGUGCGCAACAGCAAUCUCUCGUCCUACCACAGCCUGCUGUACGACUCGAAUAUGUGCCUGCGAUUACUGAACAUCGAUUUGGAGUUCUUGGCCAAUGAUGUGCUGCACGAAUGGGCAACGAAUAAAGCAGUCUUGAAGGAGGAUGGCCGAGCGUUCAGUUAUCUGCACAAAUACAGUGCCCUGGCCUACCACAAGUCAUUUUUCCUACCCGUGCAACGUGGCAUGAAGAAAGCGUUGAAAGUUGUGAAGGAAAUCGAUUCGCUGAUUCUUUAUCUGAACCACGACUUUAGCAACUCCAUUCAAGUGCUGCUCGAGGCUAUAAUCAAUGCAGAGAAUUUUAUCAAAAAGCGCGGCGCCGAGUACAUCAACAAUCUUGGCCAGAAUCUCACCAGUGCCAUCAACGAACAGGUGGAAGAGUAUCUCGAGAUGGUUAUCACGGAGGCAAACUACAAGGUCGGCCUUUGUCAGCCCCUUGCCUACAUUUACUACGAAGGCGUUUACUUUGUUUGUUCCCGUCUGGUGGACCCAAUUAACGGCUUCUGGUUGGGUAUACUGCUCUGCGCCUUGCUCCUCUUGCCGGCUCUCUUUGUUUGCCAUCGUCUGAUGUGCCUUUACCUCAAAAUCUAUCCUGCCGCUACGGCUGCAGCCGUAGGCCCCAUUGCGGGAGGAUGUCCUAUUUGCACAGGUGCCCCUUAUGUGCCACACGUGCCGCCUAGGUGCGGCCUCGAGCACGAUCCAGACUGCCAGUGCGCUCCGUGUAAAGUGAAAGGGAAAGGGCGGAAAAAGUCAAAGCGCGGCAGGAGCAGAGGGGGCGAUGCUCCAGAGGACGCUGCACCAAGGCAGCCAGUGGCUGAGAUGACUGUUGUAAGCGAGGCACCAGCGCCCAGCAAGCAUAAGAGGGACUAAUCGUCCACGUGGCAUUGAUUUCACUUGAACUCACUGA